UUCUUUUGAAACAAUAAUAAAAAUUCAAACCGAGUCUCAAAACUUAUAAAAAGGCGGCUGACUUUUAUCUGUUUUCAACUUCACAAACUCCAUCCCUCUCUCUCUCCGUUUCAAUGGCCUGCAAUAUUCGCACGAUCUUUGUCGCCUCCCUGGCCUCGAUCGUCUUCUUGACUUCUCUCUAUCACCACCACCACCUUUUCCAUCCCCAACCCAUUAUCUCCUCCGAAAAUCUCCCUCUCCACCCCCACAUCCACCCCAAUUACGCCAUCCAAGAACAUCACCACCACCAACAACAAAUCGUCCCCGACUCCAUCCCCUCCGUCUCGAUUCUUCUUCCUGCCUGGGAAGUCCUCGUCGUUGUAUCUCCGGCUACUCCGAUUCCGCCGGACUUCAUCGCCGGCCCCUUCACCUGCCUCUUCCCCAACAACGUUUCUUCGCCGGCGAAGCCCGCCGGCUUUCUACCUGCCCCUUAUCGAACCACAUUUAAAUGUGAUUUUCCUACCAUACUCCACCGCCGAUUGCCUUUCCCCCAACCUAUACUGACGAGAUCGCCGGAGAGGAGUACUCUGCCUCAGUCGCCGGAGCUACUCCGGUGGAAUUUCCUCGUCUACGACUCUGUCUCCACAGAAAACGACGUCGCCUUGUUCGUGAAAGGCCUCAACCAUCGCCAGGGCGGUUACCGACUAGCGAACGAGUUUCGGUGCGUGUUCGGCGACGAUGACGGAGUUAACGGCGUCAAAACAACCGUUACGACUUCAUACCAAGAGGUGUUUCGAUGUCGAAUCCCGGAAACGUCGGCGUUUUCCAAUUCUGGAGGAGGGCGAAUCCGAAUCUCCCUCGAAAUGUCGGAACAGAAACGUGUGGUCCCUUCUUUGGCAUACUACACUCCUGCGCGCAAGGUAGUAGUUGAGCAGCCGAAGUCGCUACUGUGCGCGUGCACCAUGGUUUACAACGUUGCCAAGUUCUUGAAAGAGUGGGUUGUGUACCAUUCUUCGAUUGGGGUUGAUAGAUUCAUAUUAUACGACAACGAGAGUGACGAUGAUUUGCAGAGAGUCGUCCAAGAGCUAGUCCAAGAAGGCUAUAAUGUAACCAUUUUGUUUUGGCUAUGGCCCAAGACUCAGGAAGCUGGGUUUUCUCACUCUGCCAUUUACGCAAACACCUCGUGCUCAUGGAUGAUGUAUAUCGAUGUCGACGAAUUCGUUUACUCUCCUUCAUGGCUGAAUUCACCAAACCCAUCACACCAAAUGUUGAAAUCUCUCUUGCCACAAUCACCAUCAUCGAAAAUCGGGCAAGUCAUGAUUAGUUGUUACGAGUUUGGGCCGUCGAAUCAGAGCUCGCACCCAUUAAUGGGGGUAACGCAAGGGUACAACUGUCGAAGGCGAUCAGACAACAGGCACAAAUCGAUUGUGUUGUUAGACGCUGUCGACGAGUCCUUGCUAAACGUGAUUCACCAUUUCAAAUUGAAGCAAGGGUACAGGGAGAUGAAGAUGAGUGUUGAAGAUGCGGUGGUGAAUCACUACAAGUUUCAGGCGUGGUCGGAGUUCAAGACAAAGUUUCGGCGAAGAGUGUCGGCAUACGUGGUGGAUUGGAUGCAAGAGAUGAAUCCAGAGUCUAAGGAUAGGACGCCGGGAUUAGGGUUUGUGCCGGUGGAGCCCGAAGGGUGGCUGGAGAAGUUUUGCGAGGAGUACGAUGAGCGGUUGAAGGAUUUAACGAGGCGGUGGUUCGGGUUCGAAUCACCGCCGGCUGAUGUUGGCAAAGAUGAAUGAAGUAGUCUUUAGCCAGGAAUUGAGUUUGUAGUUUUGACGUAGACAAAACAAAUAGGUGUUUGCAUUAACACUGUUGCAUGCAUUGGUUUGGAGGCGAUUAGGAAUUAGAUUGGAUGAAGGUAAGGUAAACAGAAUUGGGCUAUACUUCGUCUAGGUCUUAAUAAGUAAAUUUAUUGUCUAAUAGAUUUUAUAAAAAAAAAUUAUCAUAAAAAAAGUCACUAAUUAUAAAUUUUAGUAAUAAUUUAUAAAAAUCAUGACAAAAAAAAAAA